AUGAACUUUUUAUCGUCUGUUGCGAUAGCUGAUGAAGUAAAAAUUAAGUGUACAAAGAGUUCAAGUAGUUUUUACGCUGCUACAAAUCCAUUUGACUCUGAAAUUUUUGAUAAAAUCAAUCAAAAUUUACCUUUAUACUUCAUUCUUCACGGUUGGAAGGAAAAUUUCGACGUUCCUUAUGCUCGAGAAAUCGCUUCAGAGUUACUUUUACGUACAAAUUCAAGUGUUUGCUUACUAGACUAUCAAAAUUUGGUUGAAAAUGACAUUUUGACGAGUGAAUGUAACGCCAUGCAAGUCGGAGAGUAUUUGGCUUCGUUUAUAACUUUUCUUCAAUCAAAGGGAUUUCCAACGUCAAACGUUAACAUCAUCGCUCACAGCUUAGGAUCGAAAGCUGCUUCGGUUUGUGGUCAAAAACUCGGAAAUGGACGCCUUGGAGCAAUUUACGCCUUAGAUCCUGCAGCUCCGGGCUUCGAUCCGAACAACGCUGCCUAUACUCAGUGCAUUUUCACAGCUUUUGGCGGAUUUCGACCUCAAAUCGGGGAUUGUCAUGCAAAUUUUUACAUGAAUGGCGGUGUGAUGCAACCCAUGUGCGAGAAUUCGACAAAUUUUUAUUGCAGUCAUAAGACGUCACACACGUAUUUUCGCCAUUCGCUCGAUCCGGAGAACAAAUUUUACGGAAAUGCGUGCGUUUUGAGUGUUUUUGGGAUGUUUUGCUUGUACGAAAUUCAAGAUACGAUGGGAAUCUACACAAAAAGACGACGAGGGAAAUUUGACUGCCAGACGAUGAAUGAGCCACCGUAUGCCAUGAAAAUUAAGGUUUUGAGUGAUAGACAGCAAGGAAAUUGA